AUGUCUACUCCAGUUGACAACUCUUUGACCGAUCUCAAGGCAUUCACUGCCCAGAUCAUGCCCAUCAUCAGUGCCACCUGGCAGAUUCCCCCAAGUCCCAGACACUCAGCUCUGGGAAAACAGGUUGGUACACUUGUGUCUCAUGUAGCCAAGGAGUAUGGGUCCGGGGAUGGUCCUAUUCCCGGACUUGUCAUUUCUGUCAUAUACCACCUCCGAAAUGUAGCCAAGCUAUACCUUAACCCUAUCCCUACCCCUCGGCAGGAUAACUCCGCAUCCCAGUCUCCACCGGACAUACCCCUCAGCAGGAUCUGCCCUGUUUCCCAUAUACGUCGGACGUCCUAUUCAUCGGUCCUCCUCCUGCAUACCUCGGAUCUCCUAUUCGUCGGACGUCCUAUUCGUCGGAUGUCCUAUUCGUCGGAUCCCACUCAUGUCGUCCGCUCGUCCACUCCUCCACUCCUCCACUCCUCCUGUAUUCGUCGGACAUCCUAUACGUCAGACCCGCUCGGGUCCACUUAA